AUGUCGGAAGAUGGAAAAACCAACAAUUCAAGAUCGUCAGAGCUUCGUUUGAACGUUGAGAAUUUUUACAACGACCAAGAGACACGGAAUCUGUUGUUGGCUGAGGAAGCAGCCAGAACAUUCAACAGAGAUGACUACGAUCAAGAUUUCGUGGGAGAACGUGUCUACGAGUGCGUCAUUGGCUCAUCGGUUUGGCGAGUCUCUCGCUCGUCUCUUCUGGCUCUCUCAUUGUUCUGCACUAUAGCUGUGGCGGUGAUUGUCAUUGCCAUUGUUCUUCUCUGCACAUUCAUCACUUUGUCAAGCUCCACCGAGAUACCAGAUGAUGUCACUAAUGAAGACGUCAUUGGAGUUAUUAAUUGGCUUCAUUACCCAAUCGGCGACUUGGCCCUCCGUCGUGCUAAUUAUACAAGACCUCAUCAGAAAUGA